AUGGUUUUAGACCGUUUCUUUCUUCUAGUUUUUUCAAUUUUAAAUAUGGCUACUUUUUCAAUUAUUAUUUCUGCUCCAACACUAUUUGAUUUUAGAGAACCGUUGAAUAUUACUGUCCCAAGUUUGUUUUUUUUUAUUUUUUAUUUUGAAAAUUUUUUUUGA